GGCAUACAUACUUCCCUGCUCUAGUUUUACUAUGUAAUAAUCUAAAUGUAGUGCGAAUCGCGCGCUAUAUAUAAUCAGCAGAAGAAUCAAAUCAGCAUUCAGCAAAGUUAAACCCUAAGUUGAGAAAUUGAAAAUCUUUAUUUUGAUCUAUCAAUAACAUUCAACAAUGCCGCAAGUGAAGAUCGUGGCGAGGAAUUUCAUGGACAUGGUGGCUUCAUUGCCUACAAUGAAACUCGACAUGCUUUACGACAAUUCCUUUAUCUGUGAAGCCAUUCUUAGAUCAUUACCUCCCUUAGCAAAGAAGUAUGUGCUGCAAUUGUUGUAUAUAGACAAACCAAUUUCAGCCAAGACGAUGGAGGAGUGGGUGCUUCCAGAUGGAUUCUCAAAGCAUAAAGUUGCCAUUGAUAGAUUGAUACAGCUGAGGGUAAUGACAGAAACAUAUGACAGGAAAAAGGAAGCCACUUAUCAGCUAAACCCAAAAUUUCAAUUUAAUCUUCAGAAGCAUAUAGUCCACGGUGGAGUCUUACCGAGGGAACCAAUGCCUUCUAAUAUCACCGUGAGGCUUCCUAGCUUGGAGGAGUUAGAGGCAUAUGCCGCUGAACAGUGGGAGUGCUUUCUGCUGCACCUUAUAAGCUCCAGUGAAGCUGGAAAGACCACAAACAUGAGCUCUUCGAUGAUGAAAAUUUUCCAGCGUGGACUUUUAAGUCAGAGAGAUGAUAGAGAACCUUCAAGGUUGACGGAAAGUGGGUUCCAGUUCUUGCUAAUGGACACAAAUGCACAGCUUUGGUACAUCAUCAGGGAGUACAUAACAAAUGCUGAGGAGCGAGGUGUGGAUUCAGCAGAUCUUAUUGCUUUUCUCUUGGAGCUAAGCUUUCAUGUUACUGGCAAGGCAUACAACAUAAACACAUUAACUGAUCUCCAGCGAAGUAUAAUUAGGGACCUUUCAGAUUUGGGACUGGUUAAGCUGCAGCAGGGAAGGAAAGAGGGCUGGUUUAUUCCAACCAAACUGGCGACCAACCUGUCAAUUAGCUUAGCAGAUACGACAUCAAGGAAACAGGGAUUUAUCGUUAUUGAAACAAACUUCAGACUGUAUGCAUAUUCAACAUCAAAAUUACACUGUGAGAUCCUACGCCUUUUUGCAAGGGUGGAAUACCAGCUUCCAAAUCUCAUUGUUGGUGCUAUUAAUAAAGAAAGUUUGUAUAAAGCUUUUCAAAAUGGCAUUACUGCUGAGCAGAUAAUUUCUUUUCUUCAGCAGAAUGCACAUCCUAGGGUUGCUGAGAGGAUACCAUCUGUGCCAGAGAAUGUUACUGAUCAGAUUCGAUUGUGGGAAUCUGAUCUGAAUCGGGUUGAGAUGAUGCCAGCACACCUCUACGAUGAAUUCCCCUCUAAAGACGUCUUUGAGGCUGCAUGUGAUUUUGCCAGAGAAUAUGGAGCAUUUCUGUGGGAGGACUCAAAGCGAAUGCGUCUCAUAGUUAAGGCUGAUAUUUUGAAUGAGAUGAAGGAAUUUCUUCGUCGUCAAAAGCAAUAGCACUUUUCUUUUCUGACUGCCUUCAUUCAGUACGGUUGAUGAAAGGUUUCAUCAAUUGUCCUCCGGCGAUGCCCUUUUUUCCAGUUUAACUUGUACAUGAAUUUUGUUGUGGGUCUAUGUUUUCAUCGUGCUUCGAAUGCCUUCUUUAGGACACCUUGUGAUAUCUGUACUAACGACUGGAUUACUAAAUCAUCUUUGCCUUGCAAAUACUCUUUGGUUUUGGCAGUGAUUUCAGUGACAAAUGUAUUUAGCUUUGAGAUUGA